AUGGCAUGCCCGACACGACGUUACCCCCUACGCAAACCCCUCAAUCACCGGCUCCCAAUCCCAAGAUGGCUCCUCACUUUACCGGACGGGGUUGAAGCUGUACACACUGCCUACGUCGGAAUCCAGCAGCAUGGGCAUGGCAACACCAUUGAUGUUGAGAGGGCUCGCACUCAAGCUGUCGAGAAGAUUCAGUCAUGGCUGACAUGUGAAACCAGCCCCUCAGCAUCUGAAUUUUGUCGCGUCAUUGACGGGAAUGAUACACAAGACGCUGUCAUCUGGGUUUGUUACUGGACCGACGCCGAACUCUUCCACAAGGCCCUAGAAGGAUUGUCUCUUGCCGCGUUGCACAGGAGUCUUGAAAUUCCCGGCCGCAAUCACAUUGGCUUAUGGCUGGAGGCAUUCACAACAGCCGCUCAGCGACUAGAGACCAACUAUUCCGGCCUGGAUUAUCUCCCAGGUCUAGCAAAAUUGCCCCAAACAAGCACAUCCGAACAUUCAUUGUCAGCAUAUUGGGGAGCAGCAAGGGACCGAAUCCCGGACUCGGCGCACGAUCUUUUCGAUCCAGAUCCCACCUCCUCCCCUACUACUCCUGAAAUCACGCCGACAGGGCUCGGCCAGCGACUGAGCGGCUCGAAUCCAAGAAAUGUUGUUCACAUCCGUUCGGGCCAAUUUUGGGAGAACUGCGACGUGGAGGAAAGCGAUUCGUACGAGCAGAAGCUCGAGCCUACGCUCCGGGCAGGCCUGGAGUAUCUGCGGACACAUCCCCGGGAGUCCGGAGCCUUAGGCCUGCGAUACCUCAGAAACGAUGACGAUGAGCUUAUCUACCGGCCUGGCCUCGCGCACCGCAAGGAAACGUGCGGGGCGGGGUUCUUCACCAGCUUGGAACACCUUGAAACGUGGGCAAAGAGUCAUCGAUCGCACCUUGCGAUUUACAAAGGCGCGAUGUCACACUUCAAGACGUUUGGAGGCAACAGGAAGUUUAGGACAUGGCAUGAGGUUUCUGUUCUACGGGAGGGGGACGCGCGAUUUGAAUAUGUUAAUUGUGUACCACAAACUGGAGUGGUGGCGAAUUUGCGUCUGAGGGUCGAGGAUUUAAACGUUUAA